CGCGGGGCGGUCGGUCCCGCUGCCAGGCGGCGCGGAGCCUGCGGAGGGUGGGAGCCGAUCGUCCCCGCGCUGCCCCUCCCGGGCCCUGGGGGCGGCCGGCCGGCCGGUCGGCUGUCUGUCUGUCUGUCUGUCUGUCUGUCUGUCUGUCGGGGGCCGAGGUCACCUCCCCCCAACCCCCCCCCGGAGCCUGAGGAGCCUGAGCCUCUCCCGUCCAGAGUCGUCCGGGGAGCCCCGGCGCUGCCCGCCUGCCGGUCCUCCUCCUCCUGGGGGUCCUCCCGGCCCCCGGGCCGCGCGUCUGACCCGAUGUGCGGGUCCGGGGGGUGACUAUGAACGCCUCUGUCCUCGGCCUCUGCCUCUCGGGCCCCCUGGUCCUCCUCCUGGCCUGGCUGGCGCCGCCCGUCACCUCUUCAUGGUGGUACAUGAGAGCGGCGGGCUCCUCGAGGGUGAUGUGUGACAACGUGCCAGGCCUGGUCAGCCGCCAGCGGCAGCUGUGCCACCGGCACCCGGAGGUCAUGCGCUCCAUCGGCCUGGGCAUCGCCGAGUGGACAGCGGAGUGUCAGCACCAGUUCCGCCAACACCGAUGGAACUGCAACACCUUGGAUCGGGACCACAGCCUGUUCGGCCGAGUCUUGCUGCGCAGUAGCCGGGAGGCUGCUUUCGUCUAUGCCAUCUCCUCUGCCGGAGUUGUCUUUGCCAUCACCCGGGCCUGCAGCCAAGGGGAGCUCAAGUCCUGUUCCUGUGACCCCAAGAAGAAAGGCUCUGCCAAGGACAGCAAGGGCACUUUCGACUGGGGCGGAUGCAGCGAUAACAUUGACUAUGGCAUCAAGUUCGCCCGUGCGUUUGUGGACGCCAAGGAGAGGAAAGGAAAAGAUGCCAGAGCCCUAAUGAAUCUUCACAACAACCGUGCAGGAAGAAAGGCCGUCAAGCGGUUCCUGAAGCAAGAGUGUAAAUGCCAUGGGGUGAGUGGAUCCUGUACUCUGAGGACCUGUUGGCUCGCCAUGGCGGACUUUAGGAAAACAGGAGAUUAUCUGUGGAGAAAAUACAACGGGGCCAUUCAGGUGGUCAUGAAUCAAGAUGGGACCGGCUUCACCGUGGCAAACAAGAGGUUCAAGAAACCAACCAAAAAUGACUUAGUGUAUUUUGAGAACUCUCCAGACUACUGUAUCAAGGACCGGGAUGCAGGCUCCCUAGGGACGGCGGGCCGGGUGUGCAACCUGACGUCCCGCGGCAUGGACAGCUGCGAGGUCAUGUGCUGCGGGAGGGGCUACGACACGGCCCGCGUCACCAGGAUGACCAAGUGCGAGUGCAAGUUCCACUGGUGCUGCGCCGUCCGCUGCCAGGACUGCCUGGAAGCCCUCGACGUGCACACGUGCAAAGCCCCCAGCAGCGCCAGCGAGGGCGCCCCCACAUGACAGCCUCGGGCCCCGCCUGCGGACACACUGGACUCCUCGCUUCCCUCCAGGCCGUCUCUCCCCAGGCGUGCGGUGGACUCGGACCCGGCCCGCCGCUGCCCGCUCCCCUGCUGGACACCGACCUGCCAUAGUCGCUCUCAUCCGCGUCCCCUCCGACGGACGGUCCAAGGCUGGAACUCCUCUGGGGGCCGAGCUGGGGGAUGAUGGGAUUCGGAGCCGACAUCUCUCCCCGUCUGGCUUCCCCAACCCCACGGAGGGAGCCUCGGCACCACGGAGAGGACCAUUCGGUGCGAGCGAGCCUCCCCGCCUCCCCCGCCGUUCACCGCUACAUGGUUUUGUCCCAUCUCACGCAUGCCUCCUCGAAGAGGGAGAGAGAAGAGAGCAGUACCUUGCGGAGAACUACCGACUGGCUCUCUGAAAGCCCACCAGUUUUCUGUCUCAUCGGGGGAUUUUCGCAAAAACCAGAACCAACCACUAAUUGGUAAUUGCCCAGAUAGGAUGGGUUGGGAUAAACCCGGGGUUGGAAAAAUGAGCCUUUCCGGUGGAAAUCGCAUGCGAUGUUAACAUCUGAUGCAAUGAGGUGGGGUAAAUGUAUGCCCUGGUUCGGUUGCCUGGUGAAUCCUAACUAGUGGCUGUUGUCCGUGGAUUUGGAGGAAUAUCGAAAUGCCUUGGACACAAGGAAUUGUUCUUUCAGGUUUAAAGCACCUAAACGUGGAGACCUCCGAGGGGAUUUUCAAAGCAGUGUCUACCGUACUCCGGUUAAGGUAACCGUGGAGCAAGAGAAUUUGGAAGACGGGGUGGCGGUUCUGGGCAGAAGAGCAGAAGAACGGGGAUCGGUGUCUACUUCAG